UAUCACUCCUUUACUAAAAGUAUAAAAGAGUAUCCGCGCUGGUGUAUUUUUCAAAAGUACUUGCAGAGUGCAAAAAUAAACAUCAAGAUGUUUGCGAAAAUUUCGAUUUGUGUCCUACUUUCGGUAGUGCUGAUUGAAUCGGCCUCAUCGUCUGCUGUGCCUACCAACCAACAAGUAGACCACCCAUUAUUUACCAGGCAACUACAGCUUAAAGAAGAUGCCCCAGCUACAGGAAAUUCCUUUUUCACUGUCAUCAAAAACAUCAUCACUACAGUGCUCAACGCCAUCAAAUCCAUUGUGCAAUCUGUCAUUAACAUAGUAGGUUGUACCAUACUGCAACCUUACAUGAGCUUAAUUAACGUUCUACGCAACAUCUUGAGUUACAUUAAUGGAGUAAUCACUCAAUAUGCACCAGGAACUGUAGAAACCGUCGAUCCCAUCAUCAAGCAGAUCAACCAAGCUUUGGUUAACUUGAACCAGACUCUGCAUGAUCUCCUUAAGAGAAUUUCCAGCAUGGGCUGCGGUGUGUAAUAACUAACACCUCCAGAAAUAAAAUGUUUAUGAUUUU